AUAUAUAGUACGAGAUGACUUAUCGCAAGAGGGUUAGAUCUGCUGCUAAAACAGAUGGUACACAUGGUCCAGAUACCGCACAUACCUCAUCUUUGAGGGAAGAGGCAUCACAACCCACCAAAAAACAUGCUAUUGAACCACAAUCAUCUCAGGUUUCUUCUAUUACAUACUACUGCUGUCAAAUUUGGACCGUUUUCUCCACAAGGUACACUUACAUCAGUGGUUGCACCUCCAUGUUCGAGUACUUCAAAAAGUGCAUUGCAAACCGAAGACAUACUUGGAGCUAUAUGGAAAAGGCCACCUACUUCCUUACCAUCAAGUUCACUUAUGGCAGCAACUAAAAAUAAAGUCCUACCUAAGCUUUCAUCCACGAUCUCACCUGAAGUUCCGACUAGUAUUCCACCUUCUAAUACAUCAAAAUCACAAAAACACCCUUCUACUUCCUCUGGUCAUGUCCCACCUCGUAUCUCGCCUGCUAGUCAUAUCACACCUAAUAUGCCACCCAAUAUGCCACCUAUUAUCCCACCUUCUACUCAUAUUAAACCAUCCUCAAGAGCUUCUCAGAACAAUCAACAACAAAACAAUAAUGAAAAACCAAAAGAGAACUCAACAAAAUCGAAGUCCCUAAGGGUGAAGUCAUAUCCGGAUUGGCCUGUAGAUAUAGAUUUUGAUGACAAGGAGGAGGUUUUGACCAUUGAUGCGAAGCGUAAUGUUAAACUGGUGAGUGGUUCUAUUCAAACAAUCGACGUCUGGAGUAACAACGGCGUCAAAUACUAUGUUGAAUUCAAUGAUCUUUACCAACCGCUUAGGAAAGGUGGCAAAAUGUUGGUCAGAUUCAUCGGUAGUAUUGCAAAGGUAGAGGAAUACUGUCCACUUGGAGAAGGGGAGUGGCCUGAUAUCGAUGCAGAUGUAAAAGCUAAGAUGAUAGAACAGAUAAGAGAUCGCUUUGUUAUUCCUGAUCAUCCGGAAUAUAACAAACAAAUCCUAAAGCGUGCCAAUAAAAGUUGGAGGCAGUAUAAACACUCUCUUAAGAUGACUUACUACAAACCAGAUGAGAAAACACUCGCUCAGAUGUGCGAUGUGCCACGACAUGGAAUUAGCAGUGCUCAAUGGAGAAAGUUGGUUAAGUAUUGGGCUUCGGAUAAAGGGCAAAAACUUUCAGAAUAUGGAAAGGCUGCACGGGCCGCUCAAAAUCAAUUUCAUAGAUCUGGUUGUAACAGCUAUGCGAAUCAACAAGCUGAUUAUGAAGACGAGCAUGGAAAAAAAUGAGCUUAUUAGCCCUUUGGAUAAAGUCUCAUUCCGGCAAGGACGGGACCUUUCUUCCAGGCACAGCCACUGAAGAUUUUGUGGAUGAUGCACAAGCUAAGAUUGAAAUGUUGAAGACUGUAGACCCUACCAAGCCAGAACAAGAACUUGAAAAUGCAGCUUUUGAGGACACUAUGCAUGGUGGACAGAUUCCCGUACGCCCUGUAGGGUAAGGACUUGGAGUUCGAAAGAGCGACGUUUACGGGGUGCAUGGUAUGCUAAGGAGGCAAGGGUAUGGGAAAGUUCGAGAGAGGACCGUGGUGAUGGAAAGUGUGAAAGAAGACGUGUCAUCUCUCAGCAAGAAAAAUGAAACACUUGAGAAGGAAAAUGGAAAGCUGCAAGCCCAAGUUAAAGAGAAUAGUUUUCUGCUUAGAACUCUUAUUGGAAAAUUUGCUCAACUUGUAGGUCAAGUUCGUACAGGAACUGCUUCAACAGAAUCUCUACGUUUAGCACAACAAGUCUUGUCCAUGUCACACAGUAGGGUCGUCCAACGUAAUGAAGGUGCAACGAAAGAAUGAAGCAGUCUGGGACACUCAAGCUUCAUAUUAGCUACUACAAACAAUCAUCUAGAUCCUAUUUAUAUAGUUGGUUAUUCUAAUAGGCUUUAGUUUUUUUACUAUGGAAAUUAGUUUUCUAGGCUUUAGUUUCUUUUAAAUUACUAUGGUUUUGAGUUUUCUAGGCUUUAGUUUCAUUUACCUACUACGAACCAUCUUCUAUAAUAUGAAUUUGUACGCGCGUACUUAUUAUUAGAAUCUAGUUAAUUAGUAACAUGUAUGUA